AUGGAAAAAAUUGGAGAGAUUGAAGCUAUUCAAUAGGAAAUCAAAAAUGAUUGUAAAGCUUCAAAUAUAUUUUCAAAACCUUUGAUAAAGAUUAUUAUACUAGAUUAAAAUGAGCGGCAUUAGGUCUUUGUUAUAACUGUGAAAAGAGAAACAAGUUUGAUUAUUACUAAAGAUAAUGUUGCCUACCUUAUAAAAACAUAGAAUAUGGAAUAUUUGAAAAAUAAAUAGGAGAUUCCUAAUAAAUUGGGCAAAUUAUACAAGAAUAUGAAGGUUGCCCAAAAUACUAUUGUAUGA